GCUUUCCCUUGAACAAGCGCUCACCCAUCAACAGUACUUUUAGCGCAGGCGACAGGAACAAGCAUGACGGAGCCUUUGCCGCAUGCUGGCACAAAGCGACCAUAUUCCUCUAUCGCCGAAGGCCAACCACACAAGAAGCGCAGAGUUCGACACAGGCUACACCACGUCCAGCGCCUACCGCAAGAUGUUGAGCCGGCAUCACAGGACCCAGCCUCUGUGCAGACACAGCUCCUGCGUAGCAUCACCGCUGCGCUUACUAUAGCGGGCUUUGAUAGCGUCACAUCUUCGGCACUGGAAAUGUUCCGAUCACAUACUGAAGAAUAUAUGCUACGCUUCUCGACCUACAUCCGCACAUCGAUGCACGGAGGCAGAAGAGCAAGGCCCGCACCACCGGACUUCAACAUGGCGCUCUCACUUAUGCCGAACACUUCCAGCGCGUCCCUGCUGCGACCGCAUCUCAAGCUGCUGAUUCCAGAAGGCAUAUCCUACCCUUCCAUUCCCGAACCCAUUCCGGCACCAAGGCCAGCGCCAGAUCUCUCUGCGCUGCUUAGGCCGCUUACAUCGUCACUGUUACCGAACUAUAUACCGAAGCACUUUCCACCCUUGCCGCCGCAACACUCGUGGAAGCAGACCCCUGUCUUUCCCGAACGUGAAACAGACCCUCGCAAGAUGCGCGAGAAGGCGACGGAGGAAGGUAUGCUGGCGGAGCAAGCGCUGAGGCGGCUUGCUACGGCUGCCAAGUCUGGUGCGCUCAAGGCGGAGAAAAAGCGGAGCAACGCUUUGAGCGGGCCAGGCAAAGCAAGAGAUGCAAGGCUUACAAAGGUUGAUAAGAGGCUCGACUUGUUCGCGGAUGUGAUGGGGGAGAUUGGGGGUAAGGCAGAUGCAGAGGGUGAUCUGAGCAUGGCCGUGGAAGGAGCCACUGAUGCGCUAAAGGACGGCAUCGAUGUGGGGAUGCCGGAGGGCGUAGUAGUGAACUAUGAGAUGGGUCUUUGGAGGCACGGUCGUCAUGAAUGAGGCGUGCAUCGAUGAAAUGCGACUCUGCCUGCGGAAUCACACGUGCCUGGAUUUAGCGUGGCGCUGGAGUUCAACGGUUUCAUAUCUUUCCUGGCUAUUGAUACCCUCUCACAUAGCUGUGAGCUUCACCUAUGCCAGGCUGCAGGAGGUCAUAGAUACCUUACGGACUCUGAUCCCCAAAUAUGUGUGUCACUGAGACGAGAUGCUUAUCACGUGCCACCUUCCCACCUCACUUCAUGCCAUCGUAAACAUCUUCCCAACUUGUCGUUUCCACGGUCAAGCCGUUUGCACAUUGUCUAAACAAUCUUAACACCG